AUGAUACAGCUUUUAUUCUCUGUUUUGGCAACCACCGCGGCAGUCCGAGCUUAUAGCUUGGGGAGUGCCGGAUGGGAUGCAGCUUAUUCAAAAGCCGAAAGGGCAUUGCACAAGCUCAAUCAAACUGAAAAGAUCGGUAUCGUGACUGGUGUAACUUGGGAAGGGGGACCUUGUGUCGGGAACACAUACUCUGCCGAGUCAAUCGGUUACCCAUCGCUGUGUUUGCAGGAUUCACCACUUGGUGUUAGAGACGCGAAUCCUGUCACAGCUUUCCCAGCUGGUAUCAAUGCCGGUGCAACAUGGGAUCGCAGUCUGAUGUACGCCCGCGGCGCUGCAAUCGGCGCUGAAUCAAAGGGACUAGGUGUCAAUGUGCAAUUAGGACCAGUCGCAGGACCCCUUGGGAAAAACCCCGAUGGAGGCAGGAUCUGGGAGGGCUUCUCUGUCGAUCCUUAUCUGAGCGGUAUUGCGAUGGAGGAGACGAUUCAAGGCAUGCAGAACUCUGGCGUUCAAGCAUGCGCCAAACACUGGCUUGGAAAUGAGCAAGAACACAACCGAGAAACCAUCAGCUCUAAUAUUGGCGAUCGUGCGGCGCAUGAGCUGUAUGUCUGGCCAUUCAUGAACGCCGUGAAAGCAAAUGUCGCCUCUGUUAUGUGUUCAUAUAACAAGGUCAACGAAACAUGGUCCUGCGAGAGUGAUGCUAUUUUGAACAAGCUGAUGAAGGACGAGCUCGGUUUCCGAGGCUAUGUCAUGAGUGAUUGGAAUGCACAGCAUACUACUGUUAACAGCGCUUUGGCUGGACUUGACAUGACCAUGCCUGGAAGUGACUUCAAUUCCCCACCCGGUAGCAUCUUCUGGGGAGUGAAUCUGCAGGACGCUAUUGCCGCUGGCUCGGUACCUCAGGCUCGCCUGGACAAUAUGGUCACCCGAAUCCUGGCUGCCUGGUAUCUCCUUGAUCAAGAUGAAGGUUACCCCGAGGUAGCCUUCAGCUCUUGGAAUGGUGGCAAUGCCAGCGUCGACGUGACUGAUGACCACGGCUCUGUUGCUCGCGUGGUUGCCCGUGACUCGGUCAUUCUGUUGAAGAACCAAGGCAAGGUCUUGCCUAUUACCAGACCGAAGAGCCUGGCUAUAAUUGGCUCGGAUGCCGUCGUCAAUCCAAAUGGACCCAAUGCGUGCAGUGACCGCGGUUGCGAUAAUGGCACGCUGGCCAUGGGAUGGGGUAGUGGUACCGCGCAAUUCCCGUAUCUGGUCAGUCCUCUCGAUGCAAUUCAGGCACAAUCUGAGAGGACCGGCACCAAGAUCAUUCAAAGCACCACCGAUGACACUAUUGCGGCGGCCAAAGCUGCUGCAGCAGCCGAGACCGCAGUGGUUUUCAUCAACUCCGACUCCGGCGAAGGAUACAUCACCGUGGAAGGUAAUGAAGGCGACAGAAACAACCUUGACCCCUGGCACAAUGGCAAUGCACUUGUCGAGGCCGUCGCCGCUGAAAACAAGAAUGUCAUUGUUGUUGUGCACAGCGUUGGACCCGUAAUUCUUGAAACCAUUGUCGCCCAGCCAAACGUCAAGGCAAUCGUCUGGGCCGGAAUUCCAGGUCAAGAGAGUGGAAACGCCUUGGUCGACGUGAUGUACGGUGCCGUUUCUCCCAGUGGAAAACUACCCUACACGAUCGCCAAGCAGCGCAGCGACUACGGCACCGGCUGGCUAAAUGCCGAGGUUGAUAAUUUCAGCGAAGGUCUUUUUAUUGAUUACCGCCACUUUGACGAGAGCGGUCUCGUCCCUCGCUACGAGUUCGGAUAUGGCCUUUCGUACACGACCUUUGCUUAUAGCGCCAUCGGCAUCCAUGUCUUUGCCGCUGCUGGGCCAUCAACAGGACCCAUCAUUCCAGGUGGCCCGUCUGAGCUUUUCGAGCCGGUGGGCGCUAUCACGGCUCUCGUUCGGAAUAGUGGUUCAGUUUCUGGCUCUGAGGUUGCGCAGCUUUACAUUGGUCUUCCGGAUUCUGCUCCUAGGACCCCGCCGAAGCAGUUGCGCGGGUUCCAAAAGCUGAAGCUCGCAGCUAAGCAAUCAACUUUGGCCUCUUUUGAGCUUACUAGACGUGAUUUGAGUUACUGGGAUGUUGCGACACAGAAAUGGGUCGUGCCUAGUGGCACAUUCAAGGUGUAUAUUGGUAGCUCGAGUCGGGAUAUUCGUCUGCAGGGUACAUUCACUGUUAAGUGGUGA